UUUAAGGGAAUAAAGGCUUAUCUUCUGCAACAAGAAUCAUUUUUUAUUUUCUUUUUAAUGGUUUUUUUUUUCAUGUUUAGAAGCACAUGAGUUGUUAGUGAACAUGGUAGUGUGUUCUUGAAAGAAGUAAAGGGUACAUAAAGUGGUCCAUUUAUUACGUAAGAGCUUCACUAAGUUUCUUUACCCGUGUCACUAAAUUGUCCUUGCCUGGACAUAGCUACUGCAAAUGUGUCAGUAGGAUUUGUAAUUUCCUUCUCAACAUGUUUGUUUAUGUACGGCUGUCGUCUGUUGAGGUUCAUUUCUUGGGUUUUUUUGGCUCGUGAUAUUAAAUUUCCUGUAGUCAAAUUACAAAAUCUGGUGUUUUGUUACCUUUUCUGUGUUUUUGAGUGGUAUUUUCGACUGUGGUGAUAGUGUGAAAUGCAAUUAAACAUGCAUAAUCCGACUGGGUUUGGUGCAUCUUGAAGAUUUUUGGAGUUGGUGAAGAAGAAGAACCACUGGGUUUUGAGCUAAAAUUUGUGGGGUUCGGUUUUCCAUCUCAUGUUCUUGUUGAUUUUUCCAAGACUUUUUGCUCAAAAGUGAAGAUAGUUCCUGAGGUUGCAGUGUUAUUUCUGAUCACAAUUUCUUCAAAUACUUGAAUUUCUGAGCUGCAAUGUACCAUUAGUACUUGGCAGCAUAAUCAAUGGCAAAGGCAUUCCAGUAUUCUGCAAUCCUGUUUCUAGUGAUUAUAUCAGCUUUAAUCAAUCAGUCACAGCAACUGCAAUCUUCACAGGGUGAGACCCUUUUAAGAAUUCAGCGGAUUUUGAACUAUCCAUUGAUUCUCAACAGCUGGAAUGUCUCCACUGAUUUCUGCAAUUCAGACCCUAAUCCAUCUUUAACUGUAGUUUGCUACCAAGACAGCAUAACGCAACUGCAUAUUAUCGGCGACAGGCGAGCGCCUAUUUUGCCUAGGAAUUUUUCGACAGAUUCAUUUGUGACUACACUAGUUACUCUGCCAGAUUUGAAAGUACUCACAUUGGUUUCUCUUGGAUUAUGGGGUCCAUUGCCUGGUAAAAUCGCGCGUCUUGAGUCGUUAGAAAUACUUAAUGUGAGUUCAAAUUUUCUAUAUGAUUCAAUUCCUGAGGAUCUUUCAUCACUAUCUGGUCUUCAGACACUUGCACUUGAUGAUAACAUGUUUUCGGGUGAUUUGCCGCGUUGGUUGGAUUCAUUUCCCCUUUUGACUGUUCUAAGUUUGAGGAAAAAUAUGUUCAAUGGAUCAUUGCCAAAUUCAUUAAGUAAUUUGGAGAAUCUCAGAGUUCUUGCGCUUUCGCAUAAUUACUUCUCUGGAAAACUGCCAGAUUUGAGCAGUUUGACAAACCUUCAAGUUCUGGACUUGGAAGAUAAUAGUUUCGGACCGCAGUUUCCGCAGCUUGGAAACAAGUUAGUUACUCUUGUAUUGAGCAAAAACAAGUUCAGGGAUGGCAUUCCUGAUGAGCUAAACUCCUAUUAUCAGCUUCGCGAGUUGGAUCUUUCGAAGAAUAAAUUUGUGGGUCCAUUUCCUCCAUCAUUGUUAUCAUUACCUUCCAUAACUUAUUUAAACAUUGCAGACAAUAAGUUGACAGGAAUGCUUUUUGAGAAUCAAUCUUGUAGUGCUAACCUUGAAGCUGUGGAUUUGUCCUCAAAUCUCAUAUCUGGACACUUGCCCGAGUGUCUUCAGUCUGAUUCUAAUAAAGAGAAGGUCCUGUAUGCUGGUAACUGUCUAGCAAUUAAGGAUCAAAAUCAAAAUCCGAUAUCCUUCUGUCAUAACGAAGCAUUAGCUGUCGGUAUUUUGCCACAACAUAAGAAAAAGAGACAAGCUUCUAAAGUUAUUGCAUUAGGUGUAAUUGGAGGGAUUGCUGGAGGAAUUGCCCUUGUUGUGUUGAUUUUCUUGAUUGUAAGAAAGGUUAAUGACAAAAAGACAAUUAAGACUCCUUCUACAAGACUCGUAGUAGAGAAUGCAUCAACUGGAUACCCCUCAAAGUUGCUGUCAGAUGCAAGGUAUAUAUCUCAAACAAUGAAGCUGGGAGCUCUUGGUAUUCCAGCUUACCGCACCUUUUCGUUGGAGGAGCUCGAGGAGGCUACAAAUAACUUCGACACAUCUGCUUUCAUGGGUGAAGGUUCUCAAGGGCAGAUGUAUCUUGGUCGGCUUAAGAAUGGUUCCUAUGUUGCCGUUCGUUGCUUAAAGAUGAAAAGAAGUUACAGCACCCAGAAUUUUAUGCACCGUAUAGAGCUGAUAUCGAAACUCAGGCAUCGACAUUUGGUCAGUGCUCUUGGACACUGCUUCGAAUGCUACUUGGAUGAUUCAAGUGUCAGCAGAAUAUUUCUUGUCUUUGAAUAUGUACCUAAUGGUACACUAAGGAGCUGGAUCUCAGAGGGACGUGCCAGACAAACACUAAACUUGGCGCAACGAAUAGCCGCUGCAAUUGGAGUAGCAAAGGGCAUUCAGUUCUUACAUACAGGGAUAGUUCCUGGAGUAUAUUCAAACAACUUGAAGCUAACAGAUGUUUUGCUGGAUCAGAACCUUGUUGCGAAAAUUAGUAGUUACAAUCUUCCCCUAUUAGCAGAGAACACAGAGAAGGAUGGCCAUGGAGUUUCUUCAGGUGCAAGGAAAAUCGAAGAAGACGAGAAAGUUGAUGUCUAUGAUUUUGGAGUGAUACUACUUGAGAUCAUCAUAGGCAGACCUUUGAACUCCAAGAAUGAAGUGGAUGUUCUUAAGGAUCAGUUACAAGCUAGCAUCAGUUAUGACGAAGAUGCUCGAAGGAGCAUGAUCGAUCCAGCAAUUCACAAAGGAUGUUCAGACCAAUCAUUAAAGACAAUGAUGGAGGUUUGUGUCAGGUGUCUGCUCAACAACCCAGAAGAUAGACCUUCGGUUGAAGAUGUGCUGUGGAAUUUGCAAUUUGCUGCUCAAGUUCAGGACGGAUGGCGCGGAGAAUCUGGCGAAGGCUCUCCGGUCUCACCUUCUAAUCCUCCACCCCUACAGCUAAACCUUCAUUAGCAACAAUGUGCAGGUUUUGUUUUUGUCACCUUUUAUAAAUUUAUCAAGAGCAGUUUACAUUUUACCAAUUUUCCAAGAAAGAAAAUAAAUGUAAGCUGUAGCAUGUACUCAAUGACUGCUCUGAAUGAUAAAACAACAUUAGUUAGAGUUUUGAUUUAA